CCGGUGUCCCCCAAGGUACGAAGUUGGGUCCGAUCCUGUUCUUAAUUAUGGUCAAUGAUUUACAAUGCGGUUCGGAGAGGCCUAGCAAUUGGAAAUUCGUUGAUGAUGUUACUAUCUCUGAGGGAUUAUUAAGGAAUGGGGAACCGUCUGUAAUCCAGUCUGAUUUAACUUCUAUAGCUACAUGGGCAUCUAAUAACCUGAUGAAAUUGAACGCAAAGAAAUGCAAAGAGAUGCAAAUUUGUUUCUUUCGGAACAAACCUGAAUUACCACACUUGUGUGUUGAAGACCAGAUCUUAGAAUGUGUAUCGUCGCACAAGGUUCUUGGAUUGAUUAUCCAGGAUGACCUUAAGUGGAACGAACAUAUUUCGAUGAUUGUUACCAAAGCAUCCAAGCGACUGCAUAUCCUACGUGUCCUACGACGGGGAGGGAUUCCACCGCACGACCUUAUCACAAUUUAUUAUGCAUUGAUUAGAUCUACAUUAGAAUAUUGUUGUACAGUAUGGCAUUGUGGUCUACCUAUGUAUCUGUCUGAACAAGUCGAGAAAAUUCAAAAACGUGCAUUGAGGAUUAUACUGCCAGGUCGAUCCUACGGUGAAGCGCAAGAAAUGUUGCAGUGUCCUAGGCUGGAUAUACGUCGAGGUGAACUUUGCGAAAAGACGAUAAAAAAUAUUGCAUUGGGCAGUCGUCUUUCUUCCCAUCUAACUCUCACCAGUGAAAACGAACAUGUGUAUAAUUUAAGGAAUUUUAAACAAUUCGCUUCUUUUAAAAGUAGAACUAAUAGAUUUGGUAAUAGUUUUUUCCCUAGCAUGAUUAGUGUUUUAAACAAAUAAUUGUUCUUAGUUAUAAGUUCUUAUUUAAUAAGCUAAUGAUACAUUGUAAUAUAGUUACUUUUAGUAUUGUAAUUCCCAUUCAAAUCAAUUGUAAAACACAUUGUAAUUCAUUUUCAUGCGAUGAUGUGUUAUUAAAAUACCAUUAUUAUUAUUAUUAUAUCAACACUCGUGGAAAUUGUGAAAACUCGAAAUUGUGUGAAAACACUCCGCCCUUCGGGCGUCGUGUUUCCACACAAUUUCUCGUUUUCCCAAUUUCCACUCGUGUUGAUAUAACUGUAUAUCAACACGGAAAAUGUUUUAUAUUUGUUAAAUAUACACCCCUGUAACUAACACCUCGAAUUUUGGUAUUUUCUAGUGGACGAUGGUUGGUACAGAGCCCAGAUUCUCAGCAUACCAUCACCAAAUGAAGUGGAAGUGUGUUAUAUCGAUUUUGGGAAUUGCGAGCGUGUAGGAUUACACGAAAUCAAGAACCUUGCCCCUGCCUUUCACAACACGGCCAUACAAGCCGUGAAAUGUUGUCUACGCGGAGCGAAGGAAAACUGGAACGGGAGAGAAUGCGAGACUUUUGAUAUCCUGGUACUGGAACAGCACUUGGUUGCCGAUGUGAAAUCUAUUGGUAAGAGAAUCAAAUAAACAGGCAUACCCAGCAAAUAACUGUAAAGCCAAACAUAAUAAAAGUAAAAAAAAAUAUUAACUAACGUUUCGUUGUUUACAAUACAACAUCUUCAGAGCAAUCUAAAUGAAUUUACAAGGUAUGGUAUAUAUAUCUACCACUCUUGAGUUAUUUUAGUUACGUAAUAUUAACCUUAACUAUACUAACCAUGCACUUAAUAUUAACUAGUUACUGAUAAGUUGUUUUCCUUUCAUUUUAUUCGUUUGUUCUUUCAAACUUUGUAAAUAUAUAAUAUAUACCAUACCUUGUAAAUUCAUUUAGAUUGCUCUGAAGAUGUUGUAUUGUAAACAACGAAACGUUAGCUAAUAAAAUUUUUUACUUUCAUUAUGUUUGGAUUUAAAGUUAUUUUUGCUGGGCUCUGCUCUUUAUCGUUAAACUAAGAUUUCCGCCUGGUGUAUCGAUUGCCACAGUUUUAAAGAAACAGGCAUACCUUCUAGCCACAAGCCGUGGUUAUAAGGCAUGUCGAAAUCAGGCACGGUGAAGGUUCCCACUAAUAUACUUUCAUCCCAUUUCACUUUAGAUUCCAACUCGAAAACUUUGACAAUCGACCUGCUUGAUACGCGUGGUUCGGACAACCUGAACAUCCUCGAUGUUCUCAGAGCUAAAACCUCGGGGAAGCAGGAAAAACUACCAAAGCUCGCGGCUCUUCCAAAACUGCAGCUCAAAGAUGUGGAGAAUAUUCUAAUUGAGAGUGCAGAAUCUCUGGAUAACUUCGUGUGUCAAUUUUCCAGAUUUAACCACGAGCUCGACACUGUAAUGAACAUGAUGUACGAGACGUACCACGAAGGAACACCGCCAGACUUUGUAACCGCACCUUUAGAAGUUGGUGACGUCAUGGCGGCCAUGUUUACCGAAGAUGAAACAUGGUACCGGGCCUUUGUCUCGGGCCUAAAACCCGAUGGUAGCGUGUCUGUGACAUUUAUUGACUACGGUAAUUCCGAGACGAUCUCUAAAGCUGAUAUUGGUCAGAGGGUGCGACGCCUUGCUAAAGAAUUACUUCGAUAUCCGGCCAUGCGGGGCGUGGUUUGCUCGUUGUCGCGUGUCAGCACUGACGGUCAGCGGUAUUCGUGGACCCCACGCGCGCACGAGGCGUUCGUUCGCUAUGUGGUCGAGAAAGAGUUUCGAGCAAGGCUAAGCUCUGACAGUGAACCGUACAAAACGAUCCUGGAGGAUAAGUCUGGAAGUCUUCACGCGUGGUUGGUACGUGAGAAACUCGUGACAAGCAGAGAAACGGAACCGGAUAUAGUACAAGAUGAUUUCUAUGAACUUGAGGUGGAUGUGGGGACAUUGUGUGACGUCUAUGUCACGUCUGUUGUCAAUCCGGAGAAAUUUUUCGUUCAACAAGCUGCGAAUGCGGACGCCAUUGAUAAAGGUUGGUUCACCAAGUAAAUCUGCUUCGUUUUGUCAUUGGUCUACACGCGUAAAAAUCUCGCAUCUUGUAGCAAGUCUGCAACAAGCCGUCAACAAGUUGUGUUCGCACUGCUUGUCCCAAGUUGUCAACAAGUUUGUAGCAAGCUGUUAACAACUUGUAACAACCUUGUCGAUAUUUUCAGACUUGUUGCAAGGUUGUUCCAACAAGUCCGAUACAGUCAUGAUAUAACAGUAUUGUUACAACCUUGUGUCGUCAACCUUGUAUCGUCAACCUUGUAACAUUCUUGUUACAUCAUGAUUGUAUCAGACUCGUUAGAGCAACCUUGUAACAAGUCUGAUAAUGCCAUCAAGGUUGUUACAAGUUGUUAACAGCUUGUUCCAAACUUGUUCCAACAACUGGGAACAAACAGUCCUGCAAUUAUAUUCAGCAAUUUGUCAACAAGUUGUGCGUGACAACCUUGUAGCAACUUCAAAAAAAGAACAGCAUUGUUACAACUUGUUGGGACAAGCUUCGUUUGUAACAAACUCGUAGCAACUUGUUACAAACAGCCUGUAUUAUUAGUCUUGUUGGAGCAACUUGUAUAUAGCAGGUUUGUUACCGUCAUCAACCUUGUAACAAGGUGAUAACAAGUUGUUCCAGACUGCUUGUUCCCAAUUGUUGUGACAAGUCUGGAACAAGCUGUCAUCACCUUGUUACAAGGUUGAUGACGGUAACAGACUUGCUACAUGUUGUUCCAACAAGACUUGUAAUACAGGCUGUUUGUCACUACGAGCUUGUUGUCAUCAACUUGUUAACAACUUACUUGAAACACUAAUCCUUUAAAUGAAGCUAAAGUAGCCAAGUGAAAUGUUCUAUUCUUUUAUGUUCUAGUUAUGGACGACCUCCACGUGAGCUGUACUGAUGAAUCCCGAGGAGCAAUAACGAAUAUCCAUGCGGGUACUUUAUGCGCAGCUCAGUACACUGCUGACGAUGCUUGGUACCGCGCCAGAGUUACUCAAGAGACUGGACCGGACUCGUUUGAAGUAGUCUUUGUUGAUUAUGGCAAUAGUGAAAUCUUGUCUGCAAACAGGUAAUUCUGGUUGGAAAAACUCUUUUACCGCUAGAAUUUUCAACCUGAAUGACAUUCCUAGGGUUCUGGAUCAUUUUCAUUAUUUUGUGAAGAGCUUAUUUUCUUCGAUUUCUGAAUUUGAAAUUCUAGCCUAAACCGCUUCUUAUUUAUAGGGGGGUCUAAAUAAUUUUUUUAGCCUAACAGGUUCGUAACUUCUCGGUUCUUAUAUAUGAGUUUUACUGUAUUGCACAUCAAAAGACUGACAUUUUAUUCGUUUUAUUUGAAGAAUUAAAGAACUAGAACCGAGUCUCCUGGAGUUACCUGCACAAGCUCUGUGUUGCAGCCUACAGAUGAAACGACCGAGGUCUUGGGAUUCGGAAACGAACGAACGAUUGGAAAACAUUACCGCUGACAAGUGUUUAAAGAUGACUGUAGUGAAAGCACUUGAUGAUAAAUUACUCGUGACCAUGAAGGAUGAAGGGGGAUCAUCGUUGAAUGAUAUGUUUGAUUCACGCGAUGGUGCGGAGCAAGUGCCUGUCAAGGUAUCGAACAUUAACAGUAUUCCAGCCUAGACCUAUAGGCCUUCUAUUUUUUUUUAAUAUUCAGCGCUUUUUCACAUGAAAAGACUGGGACUAGGUGAUUUGGGGGCGGGGCGGAGGAUGCGCAAGCGAAAAAAUAAAAGGCCUAGUGGAUUUCCCAACAACGAGGCCUGCCCUGAAACUGCCCUGGUUGCGAAAUGCCCAAUUAGUGCGUUCUCAAACAGAAUUAUUUGCAACUUAACAGCGAAUUUAAACCGAUACAGGUAAAAUAAACUCAUUUAUAGUAUAAAUUUACUCUUUUUAUUUGUAUACACGCCUAGAAAAUCGGGGUUUUUAUCAUAAAGUUUGAAGCAACACUAUUAUUAUGUUGCGAAUUAGGUCAAAAUGAGUCAAAAUAUUACUACAAAAUAGAACUUAGUUUAGUCAUAAAAUGUUUUUAUAGUUAAUAUAAUAACUACUGGACAGUAUAAAUUGCUUUAGUUGUUGGUUUCUGAUCAAUUUCGGAUCACAAAGUUAUGGGGCUAAUUUGAGAACUUGUGAAAUCUACUAGGCCUUUACGAGGCGAAUGACCAUAUUUGCGAUAAUUACCAGCCGAGUAUAAAAGGCCUAGGUGUAGGCUGACAGUAUUCUAUGACCUUAAGUCGUAUAUGAGCUAUUGAAAUCUGGUCCAUUUUAAUGGUCGUGUGAUUCAUUUAGUUAGGGGCCCCCCCCCCCCCUAGAACCUCUCUAACCCCCUUAUAUAAAGUGUUCAACCCCACCAAAAUUUCACUUCAGCCCUCUUAUUUUGUGUGAAAGUCUUUAACCCUAACGCCUAACCUUUGCCGAAGGUUGCUCAGUGGUGUCGCCUGCACCCCUCUAGAAAGUUUUCCACCCCUCCUUAGAAAAAUGAAAAUCCGCCCUUGGGUCCCUGACUUUUUUCUUGAUGCGCCCUGUAUAGACUUGCUAUUUCUCCGAUUCACUAUAGUGCAAAUAAGUGAAAUAACAUCGCGCAGCACGCGAGGAAAGCGGCGCCUGUAUAUAAUGAACCCAAAUGAUCUCAUGAAUGUAAUGCCCAGAUCGGAUCAGAAUGAGAGUUGAGAAGCGAGAGUUUGUUUGCAUGAGAGUUUUCUCAACUCUCAUGUCCCGGGCAAACGAGAACAAGAGUUGCAUGAGAGUUGAUGAGAGUUGAGAAGCGAGAGUUUGUAUGUGAGUUUUCUCAACUCUCAUGCCCCGGUCAAACGAGAACAAGAGUUGCAUGAGAGUUGAUGAGAGUUGAGAAGCGAGAGUUUGUAUGUGAGUUUUCUCAACUCUCAUGCCCCGGUCAAACGAGAACAAGAGUUGCAUGAGAGUUGAUGAGAGUUGAGAAGCGAGAGUUUGUAUGUGAGUUUUCUCAACUCUCAUGCCCCGGUCAAACGAGAACAAGAGUUGCAUGAGAGUUGAUGAGAGUUGAGAAGCGAGAGUUUGUAUGUGAGUUUUCUCAACUCUCAUGCCCCGGUCAAACGAGAACAAGAGUUGCAUGAGAGUUGAUGAGAGUUGAGAAGCGAGAGUUUGUAUGUGAGUUUUCUCAACUCUCAUGCCCCGGUCAAACGAGAACAAGAGUUGCAUGAGAGUUGAUGAGAGUUGAGAAGCGAGAGUUUGUAUGUGAGUUUUCUCAACUCUCAUGCCCCGGUCAAACGAGAACAAGAGUUGCAUGAGAGUUGAUGAGAGUUGAGAAGCGAGAGUUUGCAUGAGAGUUGAUGAGAGUUGAGAAGCGAGAGUUUGUAUGUGAGUUUUCUCAACUCUCAUGCCCCGGUCAAACGAGAACAAGAGUUACAUGAGAGGUGAUGAGAGUUGAGAAGCGAGAGUUUGUAUGUGAGUUUUCUCAACUCUCAUGCCCCGGUCAAACGAGAACAAGAGUUACAUGAGAGUUGAGAAGCGAGAGUUUAUUUGCAUUAGAGUUUUCUAACUGUCGUGCCCCGGGCAAACGAGAACAAGAGUUGCAUGAGAAUUUAUGAGACUUGGCUGGCUAUAUACUGUAUUACCUGCACGCGUAGCAAAAACUCUCAUCGAAAUUUAAACAAGCUCAAAGUUGACGAGACUUGAUGAAAGUCGACAGUUAGCACUCUCGUCAACACUCAAUUCUCAUUUGACCGGGACUUAAAAUCUAGCAUUCCUUUAUCUCGAUAGGCUGUUGAGGUAUCCCUAUCACCAUUCCCUGUCACGGCAGAGCAGACAGCAGAAGUGUACACCAGUCACGUGGAAAGUCCUGGAGAGUUUUAUGUGCAGUUUUCUAGCACCGAAGAAGAACUUGGACGUUUGAGUGAGCAAUCUGCCGAGAUUUAUGAUGGUCCAGAAAGCGAGAACUACAGAGUGAAUAAUCCACAGCAGGUAUACCAUACACAUAUUUUACUUUUCCAUAUACAAUAACUAGUUCACGAUAUGGCAGUGUCACUUUUGUUUGUCCAAAAUAUAACCGGGAAACAGAAGGUGGCAAAUCGUUUGUAGUAUCAGCAUUUAGACUGAGGUCUAAAGCCGGUUUUCCACUAGCGAAUUUACUCACGCCAAGCGACCUUUUUUCUUCGUCGGCAUCCAUUUUUCCACGUCUUGCUGACGUAAUAAGCGAUACCGACAAAGGAAAAAGGUCGCUUCGCGCGACCGCGAGUCGCUAGUGGAAAACCGGUUAAGGCCUGUUUUAUACGUCGAAUUUCGGUCGCGUCGAAUGCAAUUCAAACAAUAGAUAGUGAAGCUUAAUGCGAUUUACAGGGUUCGUAGCGGUCUUUGAAAUCCUUGAAAGUCUUUAAAUUUGAAUGCAGGUCUUUAAGGUCUUUGAAAAGUCUUUGAAUUGUGUGAAAAAGUGAAGAAAGUCUUUAAAAGUCUUUAAAUUCUUCAGUGAGUAUUUGAUUAUACGAUUUCCUAGCUACUAAAAUAGAUUGAUUGAGCAAGAAUUUCGCAAAUAUCGACGAAAAGGCGCAUUUUAGGAUGUGAUUUGACGGGACUAAUUACCGCGGGUGAAAAUGGUGCUUACACUCGCAAUUUUUCGACAGCUAAUUGCUCUCAAAGGUCUUUGAAAAGUCUUUGAAAAUAGACAGAAAAAGUCUUUGAAAGUCUUUGAAUUUUUUUGGUCUUGGAGACUACAAACCCUGAUUUAUAAUCUCAUCUAUUGUCUUAAAUGCAUUCGACGCGACCAAAAUUCAUUUUAACCUUUUUCUAACUUUAGCUUUAGUCUUAGUUCUAGUUAUAUUGUAUCAUGUUUAAUGUAAUAUUUUAGACUUUUAGAGGGCCACAGGCUUUUCAGGCUUCGGCUGUAAUGUGUUUCACCCUCAUGAAAUUAAUUUGGGAGAAAAAAAACACGAAACAAAACACUUGUCUAAAACUUUCACUCGUGUUUCUGUGGGAACCCAAUAAUAUUUCUAUUCUUAUAACAUUACCUUGGAUUUGUAGGGUAUGUUUUGUUGCGCGCGGUAUUCCGAUGAUGGUGCUUGGUAUCGAGCUCAAGUAACUGCCAUUGAUUCAACCAACCAGUCGGCAACAGUUCGCUUUGUCGACCAUGGAAACACCGACGUAGUCAACCUGUCAUCUGAUCUCCGACAUCUGUCCGCUGACUUGUCAAGAUCGCCUUGUCAAGCUAUACCGUGCAGCCUUGCGCGUGGAGCCUGGUCACCUGAACAGUGCUCCAGUUUUGAAACUGCUGCUAUGGAUAAACCUCUUCAAGCCACCUUUAAUGAACUCGUGGAUAACAUCUGGCUGGUCACACUUAAAGACGGCAGCGUUUCUCUUAACCAGUUGCUAGCUCCUCGCGGGGAAGCUCCUCGCGAGAAAACUUCUUGCGAGAAAACUUCUUGUGUUAAAAAGCCGUGUUUGUCCACCGGAGACGAGCCUUCUGUGUACAUCGUCAGCGUUAAUUCACCAGAUGAUGUCAUACUUCAGUUAAGUAGUCACGUGGAUGACUUGGAUGCGUUAAUGGAUGAUAUAGCGACAAAUCCGCCACAAGUCAGUUUACCAAUCACUAAAAGAGAAUGUGGAAUGCAUUGUCUUGCUCAGUUUACUGAAGACGAGGCAUGGUAUCGAGCAAAGGUAUAAGUUUCAACUAAAAACUAGCGGGGACUUGGAGACUGCUCCAUGUACAGAUAAUUCAAUUAAGGUUGUCCAGAGAAAACUGCCAAACUUUGACCUCUAAGCACGAAAAGCAUUAUUAUUAUGACAUUGUUGUGAAUUUAAUUCCCAAAGGAGUCAAGCACAUCACACGAACAACUUUCGUUAACAUUAAAAAGUUUAAAAAUCCAAUGAAUUCUGCCAAGUUUGCUAUUGAAUUGGGUUAGACAGGCAAAUAAAAUCCGAGAAAGAUGAAAAUGCUAAAACGGCUUGUGGAACGUAACGACGGAGUGUUUGCGUGUGUCAUCGUGCUUUACGCGCUUAGAGGUGCUUUACGAGUGCUUUACGAGCUUGUGGUUUUGAGUUUCGACUUUGAAAGGACAACCUUGAUUGAUGUUUGUGAUGUUACUCUGAGUGUAUAUCCACACCGGGCGAGCUUGAAAAAUAUGCCCGGCCACGGUGGGAAUCGAACCUACGACCUUUGGAAUACUAACCCAAUGCUCUGCCAACUGAGCUACGCGGUCAGAUCAGAAACAUCAUAUUCACCUGAGUACACAACACCAACACAGAAAAGAUCGUAUUACUAGAUUACAUUGGUAUCGAAGGAACGAGAUUCUGUUCCGAAAUAUCACUUACUCGAACCGACAUUAUCGCGUAGCUCAGUUGGCAGAGCAAUUGGACUAGUAUUCCAAAGGUCGUAGGUUCGAUUCCCACCGUGGUCAGGCAUAUUUUUCAAGCUCGCCCGGUGUGGAUAUACACUCAGGGUAACAUCAGAAACAUCAUAUUCACCUGAGUACACUACACCAACACAGAAAUGAUUGAAUUAGCUGUAUAUCUGGAAGGAAAACUUGGAACCGACAUGGUUCCAACAGCUGGAUAACCUGGAUUCGUUUGACUCAAAAGCGGAAGAGUGAAGUAAAUUAUAUUCACAACGUUUGUAUUUAUUAUUAUUUUUCAGUAUCGAAUUUACACUAAAACAAUAGGCUUGUAAUCACCUCGCCUUCGGUGACUAAUUGUUCAAUAGAGCUCACUGAAUAUAUCUGGUAUUUUCAGGUCUUAGAAUGCGAUGGAGACAAAACGAAAGUUCUGUACGUCGACUACGGCAACCAGGAAUGGAUUACUGCCGAUAGACUUGCUCCGAUCUCUAAACAAUUUUCCAAUUUACCUGAAGUUUGUUUCUGCUGCAAUUUGGACCUUUCUUCGGCUCCUGGUACCUGGGCUGAAAACUCCAGCGAGAAAUUGAUGAACUUGUAUGGAGAAAAUGAACUUCGCUGCCAGGUUGUGGCAAAGACUGACGAUGGUUUUGUAGUGAAAUUAUUCUGUGGCGACGAAGAUGUGUUGGCUAAGGUUGUUACAUCUGAUGAGUCCACUCCCGCUGGGACUAUUGAAGAUAGUGCAGAAACACCGACCGGUGGUGAUUUUAUAAUCAAACAACUAAAGACAGGCGAUAGAAAGGACGUCAUAUGUUCCCAUAUUGAAACAACUCAGAAACUUUGGUGUCAGCUCGUUGAGGAUCAAGAAACUUUAGAUGUCCUUAUGACGCGUUUGGAUGAAGUAUACGGUGCACUUGGGACCGAGGAACUGCUUCUCAAGAGUUACGAUGUCGGCUCUCCUUGCUGUGGCCAGUUUCUUGAAGACGAUGGAUGGUAUCGUGCCGAAAUACUUGGCAUGCAGGAUCAAGGUAUAUUUUACAUUUAUUACUUACCAGGUCAGGUAUACGUCCCUGGUAUAAACGGGGAUUGAUUGUAAUGCGUUUGCGCUACAACUGACCUGGGAUAGACCUAUCACCAAAAUUUUCUGAAUGAAGUGACACUCGGUUGCUAUAACUGUAACAUUAACAAGUGGUCAAACCGAAUGCCAUGCUAUAUUUUAAGAGAAAAAAUUAUUUCUAUUGGUUAGACUUUUCCUCGUGAUUUCUCCUUUUAUUUAAAUUUUCUUUCUUAGGGAAAUAUUUUUUGGGAACUAAAAAAAAUAUUUCAGGCACCAAUGGUCCAGUGAUCCGAUACCUUUUUCACCCCUGUUGCAGUUAGUAGGAAAAAAAUAAAAUCAAAUCAAAACUGCAGCUCAGCAACACUAUUCAUUAUAUGUAAUGUAGUCCUAAUCGCCAUGUUUUAUGUUAAGGUGUAAUGGUAAGAUAUGUUGAUUAUGGAAACGAGGAAGUAUUACCCACUUCAAGAUUACGAAUCCUGAAGACAGAGUUUUUCGCAACUCCACGCCAAGCUUAUGUUUGUUUACUAAAAGAUAUCGAAGCCGAAGGUGGCGAAUGGAGCCCGGAUGCUCUGACGUUGGUUGAAGGAUUUAUUUCUGAAAGGUUUGUAUUUGAAUUAAGGUGGCUCGAUACAGUUUUCAAAAAUUCAGGUGUUUAACACUUUGACAUGUUCAAACUACGCAUUUUUAGGAUUUAUUCAGCAGAUAUUGGGUUUUUUAUAUAUUUCGAUAUCUCUACUUUCAAAUUAUAUUCGUUUUAGUAACAGAUAGUUCGUUGCUAUGACGACAUACGUGUACGAAAUUGACUCCAAAAUGGCCUAUCGUCUCGUAUAGUUGGAAAAAAAGCAUGGUGACCCCCAAUUGUUUUUUCAUGCAUUAUUUUACUUGGACGAAAAGCUAACAAUUAGCAAAAUAUAAAAAAUUUCUGUAAUGCCAUUUUUUUGGAAAAUGCGAAAAUGUCAUAUUCUUCGGUAACAUUUUUUUUUUGGCAUUACAGAUUUUUUUAAUUUUUUGUAUAAUGAAAAUUUUUAGCGGUGCAAUACAGCAUGCAAAAUUUGAACAUAGGUCACCAGACAAAAUAAAGAGAUAUAGGGCAUUGUUUUUCUAAAAUGGAAAAUUCUAAUGACGUCAGCAAUUGGCAUAAAACGCUAUAGAACACGCGCAAUGGCGUGAGAUGGCGCGAGGGUGGGUUGGGAUUAGCCCCCUAACUGACCCUUCCACCGUAGUUGUGCUCCAUGAUCAGACAUGAGUCAUAAGGUGGCUGCCAGAGGCGACCUUAGAAAGCCUUCCACACAAUGAGGUUGAGCUGUGUCCUUCGCAAGUCAGCUGCAAGUAAGGAUGAUUAUCGCACCCCCACUUACUUACUUAUUCUCUUAGAAAGCCUCGUCUCUUCGAUGUUAGCUUUAAGAAACCAAACGUAUUGAUGAUUGCUAGUAUCUUAUAUAUUUUAUUUUAAUUAUUAAAUUACACUACCAAUUUUAAGCAUGUAUAUACACAAUUCAGCUUUUGGUUGCAAUGUAUCUAAAGAUGAUGAAUAGUAAUAAUAAUUAACAUUUUGUUGCUUUUUUAUUAGGUCUCUUGUUGUAGAAAUAUCAUCUGUGGAUGAGUUAACUGUUAGUGGCGUUCUUUACGGAGGUUCAGAAGAUGGGGAAGUACCAUUGAAUGACCUUCUUGUCCAGAAAUCAUUUGCUGUUAAUGUUUCCCAGCAAACCAUCGAGGAAAAGCCCAAGUAUCACGACACUGUCGUGUCCUAUACAACCAUAGCUGCCAAACUUGGUCACAAGAUAAAUCUAUUCUGCGUUUCUGCGGAUUCGCCCGUGAGUAUUUGGUGUCAGUUAUCCGAUUCUGAAGCUGAGUUGCUGGAGCUCAUGGAGAGACUAGGAGCGUUUUAUGGAAGUUUAGAUGAAAAUGAAUGGGCUGUAGAAGAACCGGUCAUUGGAGCGGCCGUUUGUGCACAAUUCACUGAGGACGACUCGUGGUAUCGCGCUGAAAUCCUUGAAACUAGCCCGAGCAUUAUGGUCCGUUUUGUUGAUUAUGGUAACAGUGAAGAAUUGCCUCGCUCUAGAGUGAAACGCUUAACGGAGGAUUUUGUGGUUCUGCCCAAGCAAGCGAUCUCCUUUGCUCUGUCCGGCGUCUCGUCGCAGUCUCUUCAAGAAUGGUCGGAUGAGAAAAAAUUCGCGAUGGAGGAGUUGUGUUCUGAGAAAUGUUAUGUUGGUGAAAUUCUCGAAACAACCGACACCGCUAUCCUAGUUUCCUUGCAAGACCAAGAGUCCCAUGUAAUGUUACUGGAUGAGUUAUGCCAAGCCAACCUUGUUAUUAAGAAAUCGGAAGUGGAUUCCGCGCCUGAUUCCAAUGGUCUUGUGCACUCAGAAGUUCCCGCAGAAGAACAGCCAGUGGACGACACAACGACUUCGGAAGAACAGCCAGUGGAUGACACAACGACUUCGGAAGAACAGCCAGUGGACGAUACAACGACUUCGGCAGAACAGGCAGUAGACGACACUUCGGAAGUACAGCCAGUAGACGACACUUCGGAAGUGCAGGCGGUUGACGAUACACCGACUUCGGAAGAACAGCCAAAAGAUGAUACACCGACUUCGGAAGAACAACCAGUAGACGAUACACCGACUUCGGAAGUACAGCCCAAAGAUGAUACACCGACUUUCGAAGAACAGCCAGUUGACGAUACACCGACUUCGGAAGAACAGCCUAAAGAUGAUACGCCAACUUCAGAAGAACAGUCAGUUGACGAUACAACGACUUCGGAAGAACAGCCAAAAGAUGAUACACCGAUGUCAGCAGAACAGCCAAAAGAUGACACACCUACUUCGGAAUUACAGCCAGUUGACGAUUCACCAGUCUUGGACGAACAAGCAAUAGACGUUACUUCUGAUUUGGUAGAAGCUCUUCCAGACGAACGCCCCUCCGUCGUAGCGCAAGCCGGCGAUGUCGUACCCAGCACUAAUGCUCGAAUUAACGACGCUGAAAACCUGACAAGAACAGCUUUUCCCGGUGACAGUGAAGAAGAUUUGAAUGACGCCACAGCUGUUUGUGACGCUAUCGAGCGCGUGCUUGCUGAGAUUGACUCUCGUGAAGGAGAUCGCAGCGCAACACCAGAAACAAGUGAUACUGAGCUGGCUGCUCUUGGCAUUGACAAUAUACAAAUGGAAGAAGGUACAAAAUUGUGCAAUGAAGAGGCUGCCGCCAUCACACCAAGUGAAGAAGCACCUAGCAAUGAGGUAAAAACAAUGUAGCAGGUAUUCAAAUUGCGAGCACUUAGAACUUUUUACGAAUCAAGACAGGACAAGACAAGAUAAGACAAGACAAGGGAAAGCAAGGCAAGACAAGGCUAGCCAAGCGAAGACAAUACAAUACAAUACAAUACAAUACAAUACAAUACAAUACAAUACAAUACAAUACAAUACAAUACAAUACAAUACAAUACAAUACAAUACAAUAAAGACAAGGCGAGACCAGACAAGACACUGUAGAAGAUUCAGUCAACUGUCUGAAAAAUACAAAAAGAACUUCGACGUUUCGAGGGAAGGCCCUGCCCUAUGAAAGUUUGUUGAAUCUUCUAAAACAACUUUACAUAACUUAAGGCUAGUUUCCACUCAGGAAAAUUAUCCAUGGAUUGGAACGGACAAGAAAAUUUCCUUUGUGUUGAAAUCAUUAGUUCUAACCAAGAGCUCGCAAGACAAAGAAAAAUUUUCUUGUCCGUUCCAAUCCACGGAUGAUUUUCCUGAGUGGAAACUAGCCUUUUUGUACUGUAUUUUACUUCACUCCGUUUCACUGUAGGCGUAUGUGGAACCUGCCCAAAAUAUCGACGCAAUUACAAACGAUAACACUGAACUAGAUGAAGUAUCCAGAAAUGAACAACAGCAAGAACUAACCGAAGCGGUAGAAAGUAUCUCUAUGGAUAAUAAUGGAGUUAAGCCUGAUGAAGUUGUGCCAAAUGAAUCAUUAGAAAGUCAUACUCUAUUUGCCGAGCUGCAGGAAAACCAAUCUGCUCCAGAGAGCGACUCUACCACUGGCAGUAGCAGUGCAACGCCUUUCCUCAGUCCAGUAGGGGAACUUGCUGACGAUUCUCCUAGCGAUGAAAUGAGCGCGUAUUUCACCCCACCAGAUGAAGGAUUACCGAUUACUGCGGAAACAGCGAGUGAAGGACAAACAGUUCUGUCAUCUCCCGAGUCUGACCGAGGUGAUAGCCACAGACGUUACGCGUAUCCAGAGAUUGAACUUGGUGAUAUACACAAGGUAGACCCAGUUAGUUAUUUUCUUGACUCGCGUACGAAAACCUAUACAUUUAUUAAAAAUUAUUAUUAGCAUGUCAAAAUUACUGGAUGCUGAUUGGUUGAGAAGAGUACAAUUAUUUCAUUAAUUGUACUGCAGUACAAUUUGUACUGCAGUACAAUUAAUGAUUUUCCCCAAACAAACAAAAUGGCGGAAAGGUAUUUAAACACAAAAGAAAUUGCCCCACAGGAACUUAAAGCAAAAGAACUAAAUGAAAAUACGAACAAAAGCACCAAAUUUUGGUUGAAAAUCUGGCAGGACUGGACUUUGGCGAGAGAAUAUGAUGUUGACAUUGAGAAUUAUCCAAUUUUGUCAUGCUAAUAAUAAACAAGGAAUCGUGCGAUGUUGCUCGUACAAUUAGGGAUUAAUAGUACUCGUGGUCAUUCGUACUAUUAAUCCCUAAUUGUACUCGCCAUCGCAUGAUUACCUAUACUAAUAGCAUGGCAUUCAGGUCGAUCAGUGAUUAAACGUACCCGAAAGCCGAGAGAAGUUCAGUAAAAGUCGGGACUUUUGUUAAACCUCUCGAGGCUGGAGGGACAUUUCAUCACUAAUCGACCGUAAUGCCGUGCUAUCACUUUGCAAUAUCAUAGCUACCGUGACAAUAAAACGGUUUCAUUCGAUUGAAUAAGUUAAAAUGAAAAAGGCGCGUUUGCUUUUUGAUACUAAUGACUAUUGGAAUGUUUCUUAAUGAGGUUACGGUUGAUUUUUCAUGUCUGUUGAAUAAUUUAAUUGAACAUCAAUAUAAGAGGUAUAACAAAUUUCUCGCCCAUGAACUCAAAGUACGUUUUAAACUUUUAAAUUUCGCGUGCAAGCUAUUCUUAAUGCUGCUUAAAAAAGAAACCCCUUGCUUUGGAAAAUUUAUCUUUGCAAAAAUUUUUUGUUUAUUCUACAUUAUAAGUACCCAAACAAUCUAUAUUUAUCAAAAAUUUCAUGAAGUGAAUCAAUCUCGUUCCCCGAGCCUGCGAUCCUCGGAAAGGAAUGCGAGGCUCUGGGAUAAUCCGUUGCCAGAAGCCAAGAAUCCUGGCUAAGAUUGAACUACGCAUUUCAUAUCAACGGCCAAUCAAAUUCCUCCCUGAAACGGAUUAUCCCAGAGCCUCACGUUCCUUCCCGAGGAUCGCAGGCUCGGGGAACGAGAUUGGAAAUGAAUGGAUUUGUGAAAUUGAGAGCCGUUUCAAAAUUGUCUACUUUUUUAUACACCGUGUAUAAAUAUAUUUAGACCUUUGGAUGAUGCUUGGAUGGAUAAAUAAAAUUAUAAUCUGAAGAUAAUAUCGAUUAAAUGCAAGAUACAGCAAUGAUCCAAGUGUUGUUUUGUAUGUUUUUACAUGUCUGAAUGUCAAAUACCAUUUUAUACCAUAGGUCAAAAUAUCCCAUAUUCAGUCGCCAUCCAGUUUCUUCUGUCAAUUAUUGAGAACUGCGAUCGAGUUCUCCCAUCUCAUGGAAACCAUCCAAACAACCUACACCGAGGACAUCGAGGACACUCUUACUAUUGAUUUACCCACUGUGGGAAUGCCGUGUUGUGCCCAGUCUCCUGAUGAUGACAAAUGGUACCGCGCUGUCGUCCGGAACACGGGAAAUGACAAUCACGUGAAUGUGACGCUUGUUGACGUGGGGAAAACCCUUUCCAUUCCCGUGGGAAGACUUAAAGGCAUAAGUGAUGAGUUAGUCACCAGUCUUCCACGCCAGGCUCUUCAUUGUUCUUUGGUAGACCUUGAGCCCGCGGAUGAAGAAUGGUCUGCGGAUGCUGUCACAAAGAUGACCGAAGUGUGUGCCGGGAAGGAGCUGGAAGGUAUCUUCCGAUCACGUCAUCGUAAGGUAUACAAUAUUUAUCUUCGUGAUCCAGAGAGCGAUGCUUCGGAUUUUGUGAAUAAACUCCUAGUGGAUCUAAAAUUGGCGAAAGUUACUGGAAGGGAUUCUGACUCCGGGGAGGUAAGCAAAGGCUUGGGGCCCAUUUCCACUAAGGAAAAUUUUCCGCAGAAAGAAGAUUUUGUAAAAUGCGAUUGGCCGACACAAAUUUUCUGUUGGAAAAGAAUUUUGAAGUUAACUUUUUUAACAAUGAUAUUUUCGGAAAAUUUUCUCCCCGUGGAAAUUUUUCUUGGGUGGAAACGGGCCUUUAUGGAUGAUACUCUUUUUUUUACCGCUGUGGCUCUUUUAAACCUGGAAGACAUGAGGCAAGCGAGUUAUUUAUGAUACUGUAGUGAAAACAUAUAUAAUCACAAACUAUUAUCUUUCAUAGGGCACCGACUCGAAUGCAAACAAUGAAUUAAAUCAAG